GCAGCUGGGCGCCCUGGCCGCCCUGGCCCUGCUCCUGGCCGGCUGCGCGGCCGGCCGCGGCGGUUAUGAUGCCCUGAGCUAUUCUGUGGAAAGUAAUGACAAAUGGAGCGGGAGACAGCUACUGCAAGCAAAUGAGAACACAACUGAUGUCCCAGAGGAUGGCGGGCAGCUGUAUGUCAGAAAUUGCACUGAACCAGCUCUCCAUGAAUUCCCCAAUGACAUCUUCACAAACGAGGACAGGAGACAUGGAGCUGUGGUCCUGCACGUCCUCUGUGCUGUGUAUAUGUUUUAUGCUUUGGCAAUUGUCUGCGAUGAUUUCUUUGUCCCGUCGUUGGAAAAGAUUUGUGAACGCUUGCAUCUUAGCGAAGAUGUGGCUGGGGCAACUUUCAUGGCAGCGGGAAGCUCUGCUCCUGAGUUGUUUACAUCUGUCAUAGGUGUUUUUAUCACAAAGGGAGACGUAGGCGUUGGAACCAUCGUGGGCUCAGCUGUAUUUAACAUUCUCUGCAUUAUUGGCGUGUGUGGGCUUUUUGCAGGACAGGUCGUUGCACUGUCAUCAUGGAGUCUUCUGAGAGAUUCAAUCUACUAUACACUGUCUGUUGUUGCACUCAUUGUGUUUAUUUAUGAUGAGAAAGUUUCCUGGUGGGAGUCCUUAGUCUUAGUGCUGAUGUACAUCAUCUACAUCUUUAUCAUGAAGUACAACUCAACCAUACACCACUGCUUUGAAAGGAAGACAAAAAACUCUGCAAACAUGGUGAACGGUUUAGCAAAUAACACGGAAAUGGACGAUAACAGCAACUGCGACGCCACCGUGGUAUUGCUAAAGAAAGGUAACUGUUCCAGAAAUUUCCACCGUAAAGCCUCGGUGAUCAUGGUGGAUGAGCUGCUGUCUGCCUACCCACACCAGCUUUCAUUUUCUGAGGCUGGGCUCCGGAUCAUGAUAACCAGCCACUUCCCCCCCAAAACACGUCUCUCCAUGGCCAGCCGCAUGUUAAUCAAUGAGAGACAAAGGCUGAUCAACAGCAGGACUUACACCAACGGUGAGUCGGAAGUAGCCAUCAAAAUCCCGAUCAAGCAGGUGGUGGAGAACGGCACCGGCCCCAGCAGCGCCGGCGAGCGCGGCCUAAACGGCGCACGGCGCGACGAGGACGUGGCUGAGGCCGGCCACGAGACAGAGACCGAGAACGAGGACAACGAGAACAACGAAAACGAUGAGGAAGAGGAAGAAGAUGAUGAUGAUGAUGACCAUGAAGGGCCGUACACACCUUUUGACCUACCCAGUGGCAAAAUAGAAAUCUUGAAGUGGCUCUUCACAUGGCCGUUGAGUUUUGUCCUGUACUUCACUGUGCCCAACUGUAACAAACCCCACUUGGAAAAAUGGUUCAUGAUUACCUUUGCUUCCUCUACCCUCUGGAUUGCAGCUUUCUCCUACAUGAUGGUGUGGAUGGUGACAAUCAUUGGUUACACACUGGGCAUUCCGGAUGUGAUCAUGGGCAUCACUUUCCUGGCAGCUGGAACCAGUGUGCCGGACUGCAUGGCAAGCCUGAUUGUGGCAAGGCAAGGUAUGGGGGACAUGGCUGUGUCCAACUCCAUUGGGAGCAAUGUGUUUGAUAUUUUGAUCGGCCUGGGCCUCCCGUGGGCUCUGCAGACCCUAGCAGUGAACUAUGGAUCAUACAUUCGGUUAAACAGCAGAGGACUUAUCUAUUCUGUUGGUCUCCUGCUGGCAUCUGUUUUUGUCACAGUUUUUGGCGUCCACAUGAACAAAUGGAAACUGGACAAGAAGCUAGGGUGUGUGUGCCUUUCCCUUUACGGCAUCUUCCUGUGUUUCUCCAUCAUGACAGAGUUCAAUGUUUUCACUUUUGUGAACUUGCCCAUGUGCAGAGAUCACUAAUGCAAGUGGCAGACUGUCGGGAGGAGCUUCCUUCUUACCUGUGCAAUACAAGCCACGGCUGGCAUCCCCUUGAUGCGAUGCACCUCCGAGUCGUGACGUAGAUCCUGUUCACUGUUCAUAGGACCCAUGGCCCCGUCUAGGCCCACCCUCUCCCCAGCCCUCACAACCUGGAACAAUCCUGCAUCGAUGUGAAGAUGAUUUUUUUCAGCAUUCGUGUGAUUUCCUAGCUCAGUUUUUGAACAGUGUGACUGGGACUCUCGAUGAACUGGCUGCUAACUGGCAUCAAGCCAGGCAAAACUGGUCUGCUACAAUUCCUUCUUUUUUUAAGUUAUUUGGUGGAAGACUAAUUUAUGACUAAAAGACUAUUGCUACAAUGCAGAAGAGGGUACAUCAUACGGGGGCUGAUCUUCCAGGAGAAUAGUGGAAAACAAACUCGUUGGUCUUUUGUUUGGGGUUUGUUUGGUUUAAUAUUCUUAGUUUUGGUUUCAGGGGGACAUCAGGGUUGUUUUUUCCUUAUUGCCAGAGAUCAGCGUCCUCUCUCGCCGCUUCUCCUGAGCGCUGUGUCUCCUGUUACGAUCCAAAGGUCACGGGGCAGUGUGAUGUGGGAAUACAACUCAAGCUACUCGUUGUGUGAUGAAUGGAUUAACUGCCUAUUAAAAGAUUGUCAAGGCAACAGACGGUGACUUUUUACCAUAAGCAAUGACUCUUGUACAAGUGUGAUGAGGAAUGCAAGGCCCACGUGGAUUCAAAGGGUAAACACUGCUAUCAUCUUACUACUAAUGUUGGAGUUUUAUUACCAGGGUGUUUAUAGUAUUUCCAAGCAAUAGUUUGAUCGCCAGCCCAGGAGGGCUACCAAGGAGAUGUCCUGGUUUUUAACGGUGUGCACGUGGAAGUGGAAGGUCGGAACUUUCUCUGCUUCAUGAGAUUUCUUGGUUUUUUGGGGGGGAUUCAAUAGUUCGUGUCUUAUUUGUUCCAAGAAGGACAUAAGUACGUGUUGGGACUUUUCUGAAUGAGUUACAGACACUGGUUUCUUUAAAAGGAAAGAGGCAUAUUUUGCACAGACAUAGUUACUGAAGUUGUGAUUUGCCACUCUUUAAAGAAUACACUGGACCUGGCCAGAUAUUUGUCUUCUUGAGCAGUUGAACUUACCUGAUAACAGAUCAUGUGGAUCCAUCACCCUUUGGGAGGGAGGAAAACACAGAGAGAGAUGGCACUUCUUAAAAUGUGGAAUAUCUUCAAUGCAGACUCACAGAAUCUUAAGUUAUUGUGAAAGUUUGGCUAUUCAUUGUUCCAAUAUCCCUGCUAGAUUUUGUAUAAUUCUGUAUUAAUAUGCAGGCAGAUUCCACACCACGAGAAACAUCAUCCUGGCUUCCUUUGUAUGUAUUGGUACUGUGGAUUCUCGCCAGUGCUGGCUCUUGUAUUUACUUUUAAGCACUGAUCACUUCGGAUUCAUUUGGUAUGUUUUUUCCUCUUUCUUGUAUAUGUUUUACUAUGAAAUGUAUUAAGAUACUACCAGCUAGGUGAAUGUUUUUGUCUAUGGUACAAACAGUGGCAAAUAUUGAUCAUAAAGGCACAGCAAACCCUGCAUAAAAAGAAGGAAAAAAAACCCUGAAACACCAAACCUUGUAGCAGGAAAAAUACCCCAUCUCCAACGUAAAACAGAGAACCUUGCUCAGAGAGCCGAUUUUCGUUUCAUUUGCACUUCUGAAAGUGGUUUGUUUCGGUUUAAUUUUCCUUGGGCCAAACGUUGCAAAUCAGAAUAUUUAUACCCUGUGGUUUCUGUUCAGCUCAGCACUUGGUUUUGUUUCUUUGUUACACAAAGCGUGUGGAGGGACUGGGCACGGCAAGGAAGUCCGGUGGAAAAAGCCACAUACCGCUGGCCUCGGCAAACAAAGUGUGCUUGUGGAUCCCUGGCCAGAAGGAGCAAGAGGGAUUUGGGGACAGGCAGUAGAGAGAGUCAAGGACAUGCCUGCAUCAUUUUUUUUUUCCGAGAACAAAAGUGUUGCUAUGUGUUGAGCUCUGCAGCCUGUCCGAUGUGCAGCCGUCUCGUCGCUAUGCCCACCCUUGCGUUAGGAAGCCCGCUGUACCUCGCUGUUGUUGGGUUUGUUCUGUUGCUGUUGUUCUGUUGCUGUUGGUGAUGAGAUCAAUAAUAAUAAUAACCACUAAAACGCCUAAAAUACUUCCUUAGAUCGAACAAUGUUGGCAGCAACAUGGCAGGUUUCACCAAAGCCCACCCCCCAAACACACAGCGAUACUCUGGUAGCAAGAUGCAGUUGCUCCUGAGCAGAGAGUUUCCUUGCUGACAGAAGGAACAGAUUUGGGGAGGACGAGAAAAAACCCAACAAAUUUCCCAACAGGGCCUAUUAUUACUUCUAUUUUGAAUAUUUAUACUGCUACUCCAAUGGAGCCAGUUGGAUCUAUUUCUACGAAAUAGCCAUUACCUAUCCCGUGGCACAAAACCCGCAUGAGUACUUUUUAGGAACUUUUCCUAUUGGUGUGCAUUAAAUACUGUAGUAUGUUGUAGCUUUGCAUUGUGUGUGCAACCUGAAAUACCUUGUUUUGACACUUGUGUGUUGUGCAAGAACAUUCUGCAAGUGGUUUGUUCUAAGCAGAAGCAAGAGGUGUGUUAACUGCCAUCAUCUGUGCCAUACAUGGAUUGAGAUGUGCUUACGGUUCGCAGCCAAAUGAAUCAGUGCAGACCUGGUUGGGAACAGGAUAGACUAACUGAAUGUGUGCAUUCUUGGUUUUGUCUCCAAAACACAGAGCCUCUGAACUUUGUUAGCAUAAUCAAAACCUGUGGAAAAAUUCUCCAAAGCAAAAAACUUGAGCAGUUCUUCAGCAUCCUUCCCAUACAGUGCCUCCAGAACUCCCGUAGGCAUCUCUGGUCAAUUGCAGUGCGUGUUCACAGCUCUAAUGCACCAAGCCAAGCAGAAGCCUGAGUCUGAGGGCGCUGCUCCUUGUGACGUUAGAUCCUGGCUGUGCAUGGCAGGACAGCCAGCACCUGCGUGCAGUCUCCCACAGAGCAGCUCUGCAGUGCCUGUUGCUGCCCAGGCCGUGUGUGAGCCCAUCACGGGGCUGUGGGGCCGUGAGGGCCCGUGGAGGGCAGCCACCCCCCACCCUGCACCACGGCUGGGCUGGCAGAGACCCCCAGACCUGCCGUGGGAUGGGACUGGGAUGGACUCAGGGCAGCUGGGGGGUGGGUGGCUGGGUGCAAGAAGGGUGGUGAGGCAGCAAGGGGCCAUGUGGAACUGGGGGAAGCGGGGUACAGCCAGGCUGG